UUAACUCUUUUGGUCAUAAUUUCAAGUGGAGAGAAAAGGAAUACACAGGAACCCUCUUAUUAUCUUUUGAAAUACGAAGAUCACAGGAAAAGAAGGGUUGAAACUGGAGAGUGAUGGUCCUCAAAACCUGUCUGUACAUUAACUGGCAUCCUACACCUAUAAAAACAAGAAGGCUUUCCAGGCACAGUGUGGACCUCAUGAGUUGUCAGCCUUGCUUUGAGAUCUGAGUUUUUAUACACCACAGGAGGAAACUGCUGCCUUUGGGGCAGGGUACCUAUACAAAUGUUGGAUUGAUACACUGGGAGCCAAAUUCAGGAACUAACACUCCACUGGUGAGGAAAAAACGAAGCAUGGACAGCACUAAAGACGAUGAUAAACUACUGAAGAGGAUUGCAUUUCCAGGAGCUGUGUCCCUGGCUAACAGCCACAUGCACCCCCAUGGGGUACCCCAGAGAGAGCCCUUUGGGGUUCCCUUCCACCUGGACCCAUCUUACUGGGAGCAAGCCUAUAGUGGGCACACAGGUCACAUCUCCUACAUCCCAUUUUCUGGCUACAUGGGCAUCUAUGACUAUUCCUUCGAGCCUGCCUUCAUUCGGAAGAGGAAUGAGAGGGAGAGGCAGCGGGUGCGCUGCGUCAACGAGGGCUACAUGCGCCUGAGGGAGCACCUGCCCAAGGAAUUCGCCGACAAGCGCCUCAGCAAAGUGGAGACCCUGAGAGCUGCAAUAAGCUACAUCAAACACCUGCAGAGCUUGCUGGACUGCCAUCCCUUAGGCUCUUCCAGUAAGGAAACACUCUCUGCCAAGGAGAGCCGAGGAACUCCCAGUCCAGCUUCUCUGCGGGAGUGCAACAGUGAUGGAGAGUCCAAAACUUCUUCAGCAUCAUCUCCCUACAGUGAAUUUGAGGAGAUGGGCAGCUAGGUCUCCUCUCUGGACCCAGAAAGCUUCAAGAUUGGCUGAAAAACAAUUUCAAACCCUGGGGAGUUUUCUACAGGUGAAAAUUAAUAUCAGGGAAAGGAAAAACAGAUAGGGAAGGCAAGAAAAAAAGGUAUUUUC